AUGGAAAACGCAUCCAAGCCCUGUGCAGAGGAAUUCCCUCCUACCUCGCUUACCCAGCUCCUGUCUCAGCAGACAAAAGGAAACCAGCAAAUCAUCUACGGUGGAAACUCUCAAAUCACUAUCGGCGGGAUCUCACAAGGUGUGAAGAUCAAUAGUCAAACAAGGGUGGUAAUCAUCGAGCAAAAGAGUGAAAAUUUAUCAUGGAAAACCAUCUGGAACUACGACAGGGGUGUAAUUGCAACCAAAGUCAUGCAAGAGAACACCUGCUACAUUUCCAUCAUGAACAGAACUGGCAUACCCAGUUUUAAUAAUCUGGCCCGACUGGCGGCAGAGAGAAGGAACUUGAUGGGUGUUCUUGGAAGACCUACCAAGGAGAUCACCUUUGUCACCAAUGGAUUGGUCAACAACCUCUACUCCUAUGGAAUAGAAAUCUCAGCUAUGUGCAGUGGACUCACCACCUACAUGGCUUACGAAGUUCAGGGAUUCCAAGUGAAUCUGGGAUCCUGUAUUACACUCCAAGUCUUGAGAGCUGUGGAUCUGAGGUACUGCAAUAGCAAUGACAACUGGAAUGGCAUUGGAAAUGGCAAUUGGAAUGGCAAUGGCAACUGGAAUGGCAAUUGGAAUAUCACUGGCAAUUGGAAUGGCAAUUUCCCGGUGAGAAAACCAUAG